AAAAAUUUAACUCAUGAUUAAUGAUUCUUUCCAAAUGAAAUCGCCAAUCACUUAAAGAAAAGUAGUGUUCAUAUUAAAUGAAGAAUUCUGAGUACGAACCUCAACGUAUACUUGUAGGUGUUACAGGAGGAUCAGCAGCUGGAAAAACUACACUUUGUGAAACAAUAAAAAGAGAGAUCCAAUAUGAUUCAGAUGUAGACAUGACUAUUCUUUCUUGCGAUUCUUUUUAUAAAGGAAUAGACAAAUCUAAAAUUGAUAUUGCUUCAUAUAACUUUGAUCAUCCAGAUUCGUUAGAUUGGGAUAAUGCCUUUGAAGUGAUUUCUACAUUAUUGUCAGGAAGACCAGCAUCUGUUCCAAUUUAUUGUUUUGUUAAUCACAAACGAUUAGAUUAAUGUUAAAUAGUUCUUCCUGCUCAAGUUAUAGUAUUUGAAGGAAUAAUGGCACUUUAUGAUGAAAGAAUUAGAGAUUUAAUGUCUUAUAAAAUAUUUAUACAUUGCGAUGGUAUAUAAUAAUUAUAAAACUAGAUGAUAUUCGUUUAUGUCGUCGUAUUUUAAGAGAUGUCAAAGAAAGAGGAAGAACUGUUGAAAAUGUACUAUAAUAGUAUAGUAAAUUUGUGAAAAGAUCGUUUGAGAAUUUUAUUUCACCAUUAAUGAGUUAAGCUGAUUUGAUUAUACCUGGACAUAGAUCUAAUCAUGUUUCUGUUGCUUUUAUUGUAAACCAUCUUAAAAACAUGGCUAGACAAAAUGGAUUAUUAAGAGAAAAAUUAAAUACUUUACUUUACUUUGGUGAUCUAUUAUAUUCUAUUGAUGGAUUUAUGAGAAAUAGAACCAAAGUUGAUUUUUCUAAUCCUAAUGCUACUUUUAAAUAAUUAUUCUUUCCUGAAGAAAAUAUGAAACCAGAUUUUCUUUAUAUUACAUAAAACUUACUAGCUGGUAAAUUAAUUUAAGAAAAAUAAAUUUUUAAAGUUGUUAAAUCAUGCUUUAAAUAAACCUUAUUUAUGCUUGAAAAAUAUAUAUCGUAAGAUAAAUCUGAUAUGGAUUAACUUUAAUGUGUUCAUUUAAAUGAAAUAUUAUCAAGUACUUUUAAAAUAAAUGAAAAAACUCAAUUCAUUGUCUUAGCUCUUCCAUUAUUGUUUAAGAGUGGACUUACACAAUUACAUUUAAUUGAAGAUAAGAUUAAAUAAUUUUAAUCAGUAAUUAUAAUAUUAAAUUUAGGUAUAAUUAAUUGUUGUUAAUGUAUUUUCUGAUAUCAAGACUAUUACAGACAUUAAUUGGACUUUUAAAAAAUUAAAAAUAUAUAUCAAUGCCUUUUUAGUUGGCAAGCUUGAUAAAUUUUUGUAAAUUAUGAACCUACGUGUAAGAUCUGAACCAGAUCUACAAUAUGAGCAAGAUAAAUUUUUUAAGAAAUUGAAUAGAUUUAUAACAAAAAGGUAAUCAAAAAAGAAUUGA